UUUUCAACCAAAAAAAAAAACCAGGAACUGCUUUUCUAGUUAAUAUAAUGAAGCUUUUGUGAGAUCACAUAUAAUGCUAGAAUUUCCUGGAUUGAAAAGCAGAUCCGAAGAAACUCGCAAUGAAGCAGCCAACGAAUUGUUUGAUUACGUUGUAGCUUGCUCUCGAGAGUUAUCAGGAGAAGCGUUAAUUCAAUUUAACAAUGAAGUAAAUAAAUAUGUAUAUAAAUUGGUCCACAGUAAUGACUCAGUUGAUCGAUUGGCAGGUGUCACUGCCAUCAACAGGCUUAUUGACAUUGAAGCGGAAGAUACUACUCGAAUCACACGCUUUGCUAAUUAUCUACGAAUAAUUCUUCCAGGUAAUGAUCAGAAGGCUACUGCCUUAGCUGCUAAGGCUUUAGGACGCCUUGCUGUACCUGGUGGUGCUUUAACCUCCGAAUUCGUGAACUUUGAAGUGAAGCGAGCUUUGGAAUGGCUGCAGGGUGAACGAAAUGAAAAUAGAAGAUAUGCAGCAGUUCUUAUACUAAAGGAGCUGGCGAAAAACACGUCUACCCUUAUUUACACCCAUAUCGAUUCAAUAUUCGAGUUCCUUUGGCAUGGUCUACGUGAUCCAAAAGUCUUAAUCCGUACUGCGUCUUCAGAUGCUCUUAGUGAACUAUUGGAAAUUGUUCGCCAAAGGGAUUCCUUGAUACGCUUGCAGUGGUACACUCGAAUCCUCGUGGAAGCACAGAGUGGUGUAGUACAGGGAUCAAAUGAAUAUAUACACGGGAGCCUUCUUGUUUAUCGUCAGUUGUUUCUAAAAGCUGGUAUGUUUAUGCAUGAAAGAUAUCGAGAAGUCUCCAAUACCAUCUUGCAGUUUAAAGACCAUCGGGAUGCUUUAAUUCGCAAAACUGUCACAGAAUUAAUUGCUACUAUCUCUACUUAUAAUCCAGAAGAUUUUGUCUCUAAUUACUUACAUAUAUGCAUGCUUCAUCUACUAAGCUUGCUAAAAAAAGACCGUGCACGAAUGCUCGCUUUCUCGGUAUUGGGUAAAGUUGCCGUUGCUAUAACUAAUAGUAUCGUUCCUUAUCUGGAUCCUAUAUGUGCUGCAAUAAAAGAAAGCUUAACAAUACAUAUCAGAAGUAAGAGCACUUCUGACGCUGCUAUUUUCCAGUGUAUCAGUUAUCUUUCGAUCGCCCUAGGCCAGGCGUUCUCAAGUUAUGCAUAUGAUUUGUUUGACUUGAUUUUUGCCAGUGGUCUUUCAGAAGCUUCGUACGACGCUCUUUCACAUUUAGCUCAUAACAUACCUCCUUUACUUCCAGUCAUUCAGGAACGUCUUUUGGACAUGCUGAGUAUUAUUCUAAGUGGAAGGCCAUUUAUCCCUCCAGGCUGCCCACAUCAGCAUGUCGUACGUGUAUUACAAAAUGCUAAGGAAAGCGGACUGAAGGUUGGUCCCUUUACAAAUGACGUUUAUGUUUUGGCUCUACAAACGUUGGGUGACUUUAACUUUUCAGGAUAUAUUUUGAAUGAGUUUGUCAAAGAUUAUGUCGUUACUUAUCUUGAAAACGAUGAUGCUUCAAUACGAAAAGCUGCGGCGAUAACUUGCGGCCAAUUAUUUGCUCAUGAUCCAAUCCUUUCUCAAACUAGUGACCAUGCAAUUCAAGUUGUUGCCGAGGUUUUGGAGAAGUUAUUAACUGUCGGAAUAUGCGAUACUAACCCCGAUAUCAGAUUGACUGUUCUUCUUUCUCUUGAUUCUCGUUUUGAUAGGCACUUGGCUCAAGUUGACAAGAUACGCUUGCUUUUUAUUGCUAUAAAUGAUGAAGUUUUUUUAAUUAGGGAAGCAUCCUUAAAAAUCCUUGGACGAUUAAAUGCCUAUAAUCCAGCUUAUGUUAUGCCAUAUCUUCGUAAAUUAAUGCUGAAAACCUUGACUGUCCUAGAUUAUUCCAAAGUUGUAAGAACGAAAGAGGAGAAUGCACGACUUAUUUGCCUAUUAAUAUCGGCUGCGCCCAAACUUAUUGAGUCGCAUGUUGGUCCAAUUUUACAGAUUUUAGUACCAAAAGCUAAGGACUCUAGCCCAGCUGUGGCUGCUAACAUCGUUAACUCCUUUGGAGAAAUUUGCCAAAUUAGUGGUGAAGCUAUACUUACUUUUAAAAAAGAUUUGAUGCCUUUAAUCAUUGAUGCUCUUCAAGAUCAAAGCUCCCCAGUAAAGAGAGCAGCAUUUCUGAGAACUUUAGGUAAUCUUUCAGUUAGCACUGGCUAUGUCAUAGAUCCUUACCUUGAAUAUCCUUCUUUAUUAGAUAUUUUGGUUGGUAUUAUAAAAACUGAACAAGAUAUUUCAAUUCGUCGAGAGACAAUAAAGCUUAUUGGUACUUUAGGAGCACUUGAUCCUAACAGACAUCAAGUUUUGGAAAAAGGAACUGAAAAGCUUGUUCCUGAGCAAAAGAAUAUCCCGUCCGAUAUCUCCUUGCUAAUGUCAGGGAUUGGGCCUUCAUCUGAAGAAUAUUAUCCAACUGUUGUUAUCACUGCGUUGAUGAGUAUUCUUAAAGAUCCAUCUUUAAGUAUCCAUCACACGGCAGUCAUUCAAGCUGUGAUGUAUAUAUUUAAAACUAUGGGUCUACGCUGCGCUCCCUUUCUGUCUCAGAUUAUUCCAGAAUUUAUCUCUGUUAUGAGGACCUCACCAUCCAAUAUCCUUGAAUUUUAUUUUCAGCAAUUGAGUAUUUUGGUGUUAAUUGUUCGUCAGCAUAUUAGAACAUUCCUCCCGGAUCUUUUUAAGUUAAUUACUGAUUUUUGGAACCCAAACUCGAAUUUACAGUUUACUAUACUGUCACUGGUUGAGUCGCUAGCUCGUGCAAUGCAGGGUGAAUUCAAACCUUAUCUUCCUCCUCUUUUAGCUAUGAUGCUUCAGGUAUUCGAUUCAGAUGUAUCAGCAGAUUCCGCUAGUAUGAAAAAGGUAUUGCAUGCUUUUAUUGUUUUCGGUGAUACAUUAAGUGAUUACUUUCAUAUGCUAUUGGGAUCUCUUAUGCGACUGUAUGAGCGACAAGAUGUGUUAAUGGAUGUGCGUGAAAAUGUUAUGAUUACCAUCGGUCGUCUUUCAACUGUUAUAAAUAUAUCUGAUUAUGCCUCAAGGAUUAUUCAUCCUAUUAUGCGAACAUUAUCUUCCGGUACUCCAUCCUUAGUUCGUGUCAGUUUGGAUACGUUAUGUGCUCUAAUUUACCAACUGGAAGUAGAUUUCGCUAUCUUUAUUCCUAUGAUUAAUAAGUGUCUCGCUUCACGUGGGAUUAAACAUGAGACGUACACUUUACUGGUAUCAAAGUUUCUACAUGAAGAGUCAUUACCAAAAGAAUUGAACCCGUAUGAGAAAUAUGACAAGCCCAAACUAGAUGUAGUAGCUUCUGCUGCUGAUAUUACAUCAAAAAAGUUACCGGUCAAUCAAAAAAUCCUUCGGAAUGCUUGGGAAGCCUCCCAACGCUCAACGAAAGAUGAUUGGCAAGAAUGGAUGAGACGGCUUGCUGUUGCUCUUCUUCGCGAGUCUCCUUCUCAUGCAUUACGGGCUUGUGCUGCUUUGGCUGCUGCAUAUCAACCGCUAGCUCGAGAACUUUUUAAUGCUAGUUUUGUAUCGUGUUGGUCAGAACUUUACGAUCAUUUUCAAGAAGAACUUGUUCGGUCUAUUGAGAUUGCUCUGACUUCUCCUCAUAUAUCACCUGAAAUCAUUCAAAUUUUGCUGAACCUGGCUGAAUUUAUGGAGCACGAUGACAAGCCGCUACCAAUUGACAUUCGCACAUUAGGUGCAUAUGCGGCCAAGUGUCAUGCUUUUGCCAAAGCAUUGCAUUAUAAAGAGCUAGAAUUUAUAGAGGAAGAACUAGUUACAAAGCCGUCUAUUGAUACUAUUGAAGCCCUUAUUUCCAUUAAUAAUCAGCUUCAACAGCCAGAUGCUGCUAUAGGAAUUUUGAAGCAUGCUCAACAAAACGAUAAAAUGAACCUUAAAGAAACAUGGUAUGAGAAGCUUCAAAGAUGGGAAGAUGCGUUGGCUGCCUACGAAAAACGAGAAGCUUCCGGUGCUGGAAACUUUGAAAUAACUAUGGGUAAACUCCGUUGUUUGCAUGCUUUGGGUGAAUGGGAUAGGUUAUCUCAACUGGCCCAAGAAAAUUGGAUUCAUGCUGGUUAUGAGAUGAGAAGAUAUAUUGCACCCCUUUCUGUAGCCGCAGCAUGGGGGUUAGGUCAAUGGGAGCAAAUGGACGAAUACAUCUCCGUGAUGAAGUCAGAAUCCCCUGAUAAGGCUUUUUUCAGCGCUAUUGUUGCAUUGCACCGGUUGCAAUUUGAGGAAGCUUCCGCACAUAUAACAAGGGCUCGUGACUUAUUAGACACAGAACUUACUGCUCUUGUUGCAGAAAGCUACAAUCGAGCUUACAGUGUUGCUGUACGUGUUCAAAUGCUUUCUGAGUUGGAAGAAAUCAUUAGCUAUAAAAAAGCUGAAAACAACCCAGAUGUGCGUGAGGUAAUAAAGAAGACUUGGGUUCGCAGAUUGAAAGGGUGCCAGAGGAAUGUAGAUGUGUGGCAACGAAUGCUACGCAUAAGAUCUUUAGUUAUUUCUCCUAAAGAAAAUAUGGAAAUGUGGAUCAAAUAUUCCAACCUGUGUCGUAAAUCGGGACGAAUUGGACUAUCUAAAAAGUCGUUAGAUUUACUUCUAGAAGAUGAAAAUCAUCUUGAAGACAGUAUCCUUUCAAAAAAUGCCCAUCCAUCAAUUAUAUAUGCAAAGCUUAAGUUUUUAUGGACUGUUGACGAUAAAAAGCGGGCACUAAAUAGCAUGCAAGAGUUUACUGCCCAAUUAAUAUCUGAUAUAAACAUAGAUCCUGCAUUAUUCGCUCAGUCGGCUAUGACCGGAUCUCAGAAAUCUCAGGAGGAAAUUCAUUAUUAUUUUCAUUUGUUGGCACGCUGUUACCAUAAACAAGGUCAAUGGCAACAAGAGAUUGAAUCAAAAUGGUCAGAGGAUUUAUUCACUCGAGUUUUGCAGUCCUACAUGUAUGCUACACAAUUUGACUCAAAAUGGUAUAAAGCUUGGCACUCUUGGGCAUUAGCGAAUUUUGAUGCUAUUAAACAUUUAGAACAAUCUGAAGAUAAUAUUCCUCUUGGUGCUUACGAGCAAUAUAUAAUUCCGGCAAUUAAGGGAUUUUUCAAAUCAAUUGCCUUGAGCAAAGGUAACAUUCAAGACACAUUAAGAUUGUUGAGCCUUUGGUUCAAGUAUGGAAAAAAUGCAAAUGUCAUUAACACUUUGAAUCUUGGUAUUUCAACUGUAAACAUCGAUAUCUGGCUUGAAGUUAUACCUCAGCUCAUUGCAAGGAUCCAUGCGCCGUCAUUAAAUGUUAGAAAGUCUGUACAUCAGCUACUAUCGGAUGUUGGUCGAGCACAUCCUCAAGCAUUGGUUUAUCCUUUAACUGUUGCUGCAAAGUCGCAAAGUUCAACGAGACAGAAUGCUGCCCUUGCAAUCAUGGAUUCAGUCAGAACACAUAGUGCUCGAUUAGUUGAGCAGGCUAGAUUAGUAAGCCAUGAGCUUAUCAGAGCUGCUAUAUUAUGGCAUGAACAAUGGCAUGAGGGGCUUGAGGAAGCGUCCCGUUUAUAUUUUGGUGAUCAUAAUAUAGAAGGUAUGUUUGCUGUGUUGCGACCUCUUCAUGAAAUGUUAGAACGCGGUCCUGAAACUUUGAGAGAAAUUUCCUUCCAACAGGCUUUUGGACGUGAUUUGGUCGAGGCGAGAGAUUGCUGUAUUCGUUUUGAACAAACUGGUGAUAUAUCUGAUUUGAACCAAGCAUGGGACUUAUAUUAUCAGGUAUUUAAGAAGAUCCGUAAACAACUCCCUCAACUGACAACUCUUGAUUUGCAAUAUGUUUCUCCUAAACUUCUGUACGUGCAUGACCUUGACCUGGCAGUGCCUGGCACAUAUGUGAGUGGGAAACCGGUAAUAAGAAUUGUUAAGUUUUAUCCGACUUUUAAUGUAAUCACUUCUAAGCAACGACCUAGACGUUUGAGUAUUAGAGGAAGUGAUGGUAAAGAUUAUCAAUAUGUCUUAAAAGGACAUGAGGACAUCCGACAAGAUGAAAGGGUAAUGCAGCUUUUUGGACUUUGUAACAACCUAUUAUCCGCUGAUCCGGAAACGUUUAAAAGAUUACUAUCUAUUCAUCGUUAUCCAGUUAUUCCUUUGUCCCCCGACUCAGGACUGUUAGGAUGGGUCUUAGACAGUGAUACAUUACACGUACUCAUUCGUGAUUAUCGAGAAAGUAGAAAGAUUCUUUUGAAUAUUGAACACCGUCUUAUAAUUCAAAUGGCUCCUGAUUAUGACCGACUGACUUUGCUUCAAAAAGUGGAGGUGUUUGAGUAUGCUUUAAUGAGCACUACGGGUCAAGAUUUAUACCGUGUUCUAUGGUUGAAAAGUCGUAGUUCUGAAGCUUGGCUUAAUAGGCGUACGAACUAUUCCAGGAGUCUUGCUGUCAUGUCUAUGGUUGGUUAUAUAUUGGGUUUGGGCGAUCGCCAUCCUUCUAAUUUAAUGUUAGAUCGUUAUACAGGAACUAUUAUUCAUAUCGAUUUUGGAGAUUGCUUCGAAGUUGCUAUGCAUCGUGAAAAAUUCCCUGAGAAAAUUCCUUUCCGUCUUACCCGCAUGUUGGUCAAUGCGAUGGAAGUUAGCGGUAUAGAGGGAACUUUCCGUAUUACCUGCGAGCAUGUGAUGCGAGUUCUUCGUGACAACAAAGAAUCUGUAAUGGCCGUUUUAGAAGCCUUUGUUCAUGAUCCUUUAAUCAAUUGGAGACUUGCUCCAGCUUACUCACCUACUGUAGAUGAGAAACCGCUGAUCGACACGCAUAAUGUCAUUCUAGGCGAUAACCCUGAAGGCUUCCAUCGAAAGCGUUUAGAUGAAGAAGGAAUAACGCUGGAGGAGCGUCAAAAACCUGAAGUUCUAAAUCAGCGUGCUGUUACCGUUUUGAAUAGGAUCAAUAAUAAGCUUACAGGUCGAGAUUUCAAACCUCAGCAUUGCCUGGAUGUUCCAAAUCAGGUGGAAAAGCUGAUUCAACAAGCUACUUCAGUUGAAAAUCUAUGUUUAUGUUACAUAGGUUGGUGCAGCUUCUGGUGAUUUUUUGUUAUGUUUUAUUUUCAAUACUUCAAUACAUGUUUAUAUAAUGGGAUCGUACUAGUCUUUGUUCAUUUUGUGCAAAGCGUCGUCUACAUCUUAGAGUCACAAUUUUUUCUUAAAAAAAAAAAAAGAAGUAAUAUAAUAAAAUAUGGUUAAAUAAGCUGAACUAGUGAA